AUGCCUACCAACAAUACAACUCAAGACACCCAAAAGAGUGGUUGGGAAGAGUCGUGCUUGAAAUUGUGCAAGCAAACAAAAGAGGACAGUGACCAUGGUCAAGCUCCGGAUUGUGUAAUGAUAUGCCUGAGAAAAAAGGGUGUUGAAGAAACAAAAAAUGAAUCGAACGAGCCUAUUGACGAGAAUGUAUAUGCCGUCAACUUGUCUCGUUUCACUAAUAUGCUCAAAGGCUAUUCUGUAAGAGUGGCCCGUGGAAGAGAAGAGUGUACUGAGACAAAAGAGCAAACUAGUUCACACACCAGCAAAUCGAAUAAGCGAGGAUCAACUAUUUAUGAAUUGGACCUUGACGAGAAAUUAUCAACAGCAAGUAAAACAGCUGAACGACUUGUAAAAGAAACCGUGGAUCCUGCUUACAAAAUGUCAGUUGAGACGUUACAGGCAUUAAAAGACAAUGGUCCUCCAGCUGUUGCGACAAUUUCAGCACAAAUCCUAGAAUCAUUAAAGGACGGUUCGCCAUCCUCUCUGUUGGAAAAACUUCCCAAAAAUUUUGAUGACAUUGGAAAGUCCAUUAAGGAUCAAUUUGGAUUUCCAUUCGAUACAAAUAAUGACAAGGACAAUGAUAAAAAGUCAAAAUAA